AUGGUGCGCGAGAAUAAGAAGGGGAAGAUCGUACUGGUGUUUUCGACCUUGGAUAUGUCUUUGAUCGAAUAUUCUUCAUAUUCGCCUGCAAAACAUGCUCUGCGAGUGGGACUGGCUGAUUCGUUGCAUUCAGAACUAAUGCUCUAUGUCAUCGAUACUCACAUCUUCUUCCCUCCGACAAUGUAUACCCCUGGCUUUGAAGAAGGAGACAGGACGAAGCCGACUAUUACUAGAGCGAUUGAGUCGGCGGAUGAAGGUCUGACAGCGGACCAGGCUGCUGUUGGAUUACUCGCAGGAACGUCAUCUCAUGACCACAACCACAACUUUAACGCUACCUUUUGGCUUGGCUAG